AUGGACUAUAUGCUUGCGCGGAAAUUGCUGUCGUUAGGCGCCGUAGAAACAAAUAUUGUGAACCGCGAAGAUAAACUGCAAUUACUGCGCGAAAAAAUUAAAAGUAGAUUACAUACUGCAUAUGAACAAAGCGCGCGGCGAUACAAUAAACGAAGUCGCGCAGUGCACUUUAGACCCGGUCAAGAGGUGUACCGACGGAACUAUGUGCUUUCCGACUUAAAGAAUAAUAUAAAUGCUAAAUUUUGCCCCAAAUACAGAAAGUGUCGCAUCGUCAAGCCCAUAGGCAACAACAUGUUUGAACUGGAAACACUACAAAGCAAGUCAUUAGGAGCGUGCCAUACCAAAGACCUAAAGCAAUAA